GUGUAUGUGUCGGAAGAGAGUCUCCGCCCUCUAGAGCAGAGCAGGCUGCUGAGCCGCUGCGCUUUCAGUGACUUCACUAAAGUGUUUGCAAACCACUCUCCCCUCAACACUGCGUGCUUGUCAAAAUUGGGAUCGCAGAUCUCGGAGCGGUGGAUUUUAUUAGUUGGACGCUGGGCACAAUUCUCCUCCGUGGACAUCCCAGCUGACGGGCAUUUUUUGUUUCAUUUCGAUACUUACCUCCAGCAGUUCCAGGUUUCUCAAAUCGUCCUUUUAGUAACAUUUCGCUGUGCAACGAUCUAGUCACAGACAGAGGUACUGAGUUCCGCUUUGAGCCCAUGAAAACAGGAGAGGAGAGGGAACCGAGAGAAGUCAUCAGCGUCACCUGAACAAAGAAGAGGCACAAACAGAUACACAUGGGGCAGGGAGAGGCUUCAGUACGGGGGACAACCAUGGAGGGUGACUGUCUCAGCUGCAUCAAGUACCUCAUGUUUGUCUUCAAUUUCCUCAUCUUUCUGGGGGGCUCUUUCCUCCUGGGAGUGGGAGUGUGGGUACUGGUGGACCCAACAGGAUUCAGGGAAAUCGUAGCAGCCAACCCCCUGCUAUUCACUGGUGUCUACAUCAUCCUGGGCAUGGGAGGCAUGCUCUUCCUUCUGGGCUUCCUUGGCUGCUGUGGAGCCAUCCGUGAAAACAAGUGUCUGCUCCUCUUUUUCUUCAUGCUCAUCCUCCUCAUCUUCUUAGCAGAACUGGCUGCUGCCAUCCUGGCCUUCAUAUUUCGGGAGCACCUGACCAGAGAGUACUUCACCAAGGAGCUGAAGAGACACUAUCAGGGCUACAACAACACUGACGUCUUCACCUCCACGUGGAAUGCCAUCAUGACUACAUUUGACUGCUGUGGAGUGAACAGCCCAGAGGACUUUAAGGACAGCCUGUUCAGGCUGAUCAACCAAUAUCAUAUGGUGCCAGAAGCCUGCUGCCAGCAUAACAGUCAGACUGGGGAGUUGGCCUAUAUCGGCCAGGAGCAGUGCUUAACAGGCAAUAUGAUGUUCCGCAAUAACAAGGGCUGUUACUCUGCAGUAGUUGACUACUUUGAACUGUACAUCUAUGUGGCUGGAGCGCUCGCCAUUGUGGUGCUGACCAUUGAGCUCUUUGCCAUGGUCUUUGCAAUGUGUCUCUUUAGGGGAAUCCAAUAGAGCUGCUCCAUAUGUGAACUUCUUUUAAGAAAAAAGGGAAUUCAGAAGAAAAGAACAAAACAGACACUUGUAAAUUUGUAGAUCUCUUUUUCUAUUGGCUAAUUGUUAGAAAAACAAACUCUGAAACUCUUGUACUUCACAGCUGGACUUUUGAGGUACUGGGUGGCAAAAAACAACACAUGUAGACACACACAGACAUACUCACACACACACACACAUAAACCAUGGAGAAAGUGGGAGAUCAGAGACAAAACUGUUGCAAAAGGAAUUGUGUGUAAAGUGAAAACAGUAAUUUUUUGGACCAGGUCUAGCACAGACUGGUGAAAGUGGACCAGGCGAGAGGACCAGGUGAAGCCUGAGCAGAAGGCACUGCACUGACUUUUGGAUGAAGAAUAUUUAUAUUAAGUAAAGUUGGCUUAACUGUAAAAAAAGAAAGAAAAAAUAAGUGUUUUAUAGACACUUUGGCUGUUACCUUCUUCCUGCCCAUACUGUAUACUGUAACACUCCCUCCGUACGCCUUUUUUAGAGCCCCUCUUCUGCUGUAUUAUAUAAGCUGUGUGUGUGUGUGUGUGUGUGUGUGUGUGUGUGUGUGUGUGUGUGUGUGGGGGUGUGUGUGUGUGUGUGCGUGCCUACUGGAUGCUGUUUUCGAUUGUAUAUGAACUUGUUUGUGAGCAUGUGCGUGUGUGGCUAUUCAUGACCCCUCUCAAGCUUUAAAGCCAACUUCUGAUUUUUUUCUAUUUGUAUGGUGAUGUUUAUUGCAGUAGUGGAUAUAUUGUGGUUUUAGGUGGUGAAAUGUAUGUGUAUGCAUUUGUAUUAGAUUCUUGAAAAGUCAAUGACAUAAAUGGCAUUCUAAAUGA